GAUAAAUCCAAGAUCCUUGGGGAUUUCCUUGAGUCGUGGCGUAAAUUUCAUUCCGUCCUCCACAAAGACAGUCCCAAAACUACAGACUCGUUCUAUCCCGCCAUGCGUCUUAUUGUCCCCCCUUUUGAACGAGAGCGAAUGGCGUAUGGCAUCAAAGAAAGCAUGCUCGCUAAGCUCUACAUAGAUGUUUUAGGCCUGCCCAAAAAUGGUCCGGAGGCCAAUAAACUGCUAAACUACCGCGCUCCGACCACAUCCCAAGGAGAGGCGGGAGACUUUGCCAGCAUGGCAUACUUUGUGCUGAAGAAGCGAUGCACAAGCCAAGGAAACCUCAGCAUCAAAGAGGUCAAUGACUUUCUGGACUCGGUGGCAAUCAACAAUGCUAGCAAGCAAAAGGAUCAAGUGAAAAAGAGCCUGCUCCACCUUAUCACUCAGAGCUCUGCUCUUGAGCAAAAGUGGCUCAUUAGAAUGAUUCUGAAGGACAUGAAACUUGGCAUCAGCAAGGAAACCGUCCUCCAAGUCUUCCACCCGGAUGCCGCCGAUCUAUAUAAUGUCAACACAGACUUGAACAAGGUCUGCCAGAAACUACACAACCCUUCUGUGUCUCUAAGUGAAGUCUCCAUCGAACUCUUCUCUGCUUUCAAGCCAAUGUUGGCAGCGGUGGCUAACAUUCGCAACGUGGAGAAGCAGAUGGGCAACAGCCCUUUUUACAUUGAGACAAAGCUGGACGGGGAGCGGAUUCAGCUGCACAAAGAUGGGGAUGUGUACAAGUACUUCAGCCGGAACGCUUUUGAAUACACGCAACAGUUUGGAGGCUCACCGCUGGAGGGAUCACUGACUCCCUAUAUUCACAAUGUCUUCAAAAGCCACGUCGUAAGCUGUAUCCUGGACGGUGAGAUGAUGGCAUACAACCCGAAGGCGGACACGUUCAUGCAGAAAGGGAGCAAAUUUGACAUCAAGAGGCUGAUGGACGACUCGGAGCUGCAGACUUGCUUUUGUGUGUUUGACGUCUUGUUAGUGAACAACCAGAAGCUUGGCAAAGAAUCGCUGAAAAAGAGAUACGAGACUCUACAGACUGUUUUCACACCAGUCAAGGGACGGCUGCAUCUGGUGCCGAAGACUGAAGGCAAACGCAUGCAACAGGUGGUCAGUGCUCUUAACGAUGCCAUUGACAACAGGGAGGAAGGGAUCAUGGUUAAGGAUCCUUUGUCCAUAUACAAACCAGAUAAACGUGGGGAGGGCUGGCUAAAAAUAAAGCCAGAAUAUGUGGAUGGCUUGAUGGACGAGCUCGAUCUGGUGAUUGUUGGUGGCUACUGGGGGAAAGGGAGACGAGGUGGUAUGAUGUCACAUUUUUUAUGUGCAGUAGCUGAAGCUCCAAAGCCUGGCGAGAAACCAUCUGUAUUCCACACCCUCUGUCGCAUUGGCUCAGGAUACACUAUGAAAGAAUUGUAUGACCUCGGUUUGAAACUCGCCAAGCACUGGAAGGUCUAUCGCAAAAACGACCCACCAGCGUCCAUCCUGUGCGGGACAGAGAAACCAGAGGUCUACAUUGAACCCUGCAACUCUGUCAUUAUUCAGGUCAAGGCGGCAGAGAUCGUUGGAAGCGACAUGUAUAAAACCAACUGCACUCUGCGCUUCCCCAGAAUUGAGAAGAUCCGUGACGACAAGGAGUGGCACCAGUGCAUGACUCUCGCCGAGCUGGAUCAGUUCCGCAGCAAAGCGUCAGGGAAACUGGCCUCGCGGCACCUUGAUAUCAACGUCGACGAACCGCAGAAGAAGAAGAGGAAGCAGCCAGCCAAACCCAAGAAGGUGGUCGGCAUCAUCGACCACUUUAAGCCGCAAGACCUGUCAGGCGUUUCCAAGGAGACUGAUAUGUUUGAGGAUGUGGAAUUCUGUAUCCUGAAUGGCACCGAAGAUCAUCCCAAGGCUGAGCUGGAAAAAGGCGUGGCCAGGUGUGGGGGUGUUGUGGUUCAGAACCCCGGGCGGGACACUUAUUGCGUGAUUGCCGGUAUGGAGAACAUGCGUGUGAAAAACCUGAUCUCAUCUAAUCAACAUGAUGUGGUUUGGGCCUCCUGGCUGCUGGAGUGCCUGAACCAGAAGGAAGUGGUGCCGUGGCAACCUCGCCACAUGAUCCACAUGUCUCCGUCGACCAGGGAACACUUCGCCAAGGAGUACGAUGUCUACGGCGACAGCUACUUCGCCGACGUGGACGAACAACAACUGCGCGAGGUGUUCGGCCGAAUUGGCAACACAGAGAGGGCAGCGGUGAACGCGGCGCAGGUGGAAGAGCGCUAUGGGUGGGAAGACCUCUCCACGAGCAUGUUCAGACCCUUUAAGGUUUAUGUGGACAUUUUUGCCGACAUUAGUGAGCCGACAAGCGUCGUACCCGCUUCCUGUUUGGACAUUCGAGCGCUGGAGGUGCGCUACCACGGGGGGACGGUGGUGCGGACGUUGGAGGAAGGAGUUUCCCACGUGAUUGUCGAGGAGGAGACGAGACUUCUGGAUCUGAGAACUCUGCGGCGCAGCUUUACAAAGAAGUUUAAGAUCGUUAGGGACUCCUGGGUGACUGAUUCGAUCAAAGCAGGGUAUCUGUUGGAUGAUACCAACUACUUGGUUUGACUUGCCCUUGUGAUAAACACAAGGUUUUAGAUGACACUGGAAAAAACUUUUCUUUGUAAAUUUACGAAU